AUGGCCGCCAACGCCAACGCCAGUGCCCCUGCUGCCCCCGUCGUGUCCAUGGAGAAGACCGACAAGAGGGACUACCUCAUCGCGCUUGAGAAGAGUGCCCAGUCCGAAUGGGCUGACCAAAAGGUCUUUGAGACCAACCCUCCACCUCUCCCCAAAGGCAUCAGCUCGUACGCCGACUUUUUCGCCUCUGGCCAGUCUAUGGAAGACCUCCAAAAAGAGUACCCCAAAUGGUUCGGUACAUUCCCCUACGCCUACAUGAACGGUUCCCUCCAUCUUGGUCACGCUUUCACUAUCAGCAAAGUCGAGUUUGCCGCUGGUUUCGAGAGGAUGAGGGGAAAGAGGGUCCUGUUCCCUGUUGCAUACCACGCCACUGGUAUGCCCAUCAAGUCUGCCUCUGACAAACUCAUCCGCGAAAUGGAACUUUUCGGUCAAGACUUUGCUGGUUACGAGGCUGAGCCUGAGGAGACCGACGCCCCCGUCACCGCCAAGGGCGAGUCUUCUGACCCCUCCAAGGGAAAGAAGGGAAAGCUUCAGGCCAAGUCCACCGGUCUCACCUACCAAUUCCAGAUCCUCGAGCUUAUUGGUGUGCCCCGAGAAGAGCUCAAGCAAUUCGCCGAGCCCCUCCACUGGCUCAACUACUUUCCUCCCAUCGCCAAGACCGACUUGACCGGUGCUGGUGCCCGAGUCGACUGGAGAAGACAGUUCAUCACCACCCCUGCGAACCCUUACUACGACUCAUUUGUCCGAUGGCAGAUGAACAAGCUUCACAAACAAGAGCGAGUCAAGUUUGGCAAGCGAUACACAAUCUACUCUCCCAAGGACGGCCAGCCCUGUAUGGACCACGACCGUUCUAGUGGUGAGGCUGUCAACCCCCAAGAGUACACUGCCGUCAAGAUGGAGGUCCUCGGGUGGGGUCCUUAUGCCUCUGACGACUUUAAAAAAUCUGUCGAGGGCAAAAAGGUCCACAUGGUCGCUGCUACUCUUCGUCCCGAGACCAUGUACGGCCAGACCAACUGCUACGUCGGUGUCAAUAUCAAGUAUGGUCUCUACGAGGCCAACGACAACGAGCUCUUCCUCGUCACUGACCGUGCGGCCCGAAACAUGGCUUUCCAGGGUAUCUUUGACCGACCCAGAGGUGUCUACACCAAGGUCGCCGAGAUCACUGGUGAGGACUUGCUCGGUACCAAGAUUACUCCUCCCUUCGGUCUCGUCAAGGAAGUCUACGUUCUCCCCAUGGAGGGUGUCCUUCCCACUAAGGGUACCGGUGUUGUCACCUCUGUUCCUUCCGACUCUCCCGACGACUGGAGAGCCCUCAUGGACCUCAGGAAGAAGGCCGAGAUGUACAAGAUCAAGCCCGAAUGGGCGGCUGUCGACCCCAUCGCCGUACUUACCACCCCCAAGUACGGUGACAUGGCUGCCGAGACUCUUUGUACGCAGCUCAAGAUCCAAUCCCAACGUGACAAGGACAAGCUCGCUGAAGCCAAGGCCGAGACCUACAAAGAGGGCUUUUACAACGGAAAGAUGCUCGUUGGUGAAUUCAAGGGUCUGUCGGUGCAGGAGGCCAAGCCCAGGGUCAGGCAGCAGAUGCUUGAUGCUGGUUUGGCCGUGGCUUAUGCCGAGCCCGAGAGCGAGGUCAUCUCUCGAAGUGCCGAUGUCUGUGUUGUCGCGCUGAUCGACCAAUGGUAUCUCGACUACGGAGAGCCCGUCUGGAAGUCUGCCGCCGAAAAGCUCCUUGACCAGCUCAACACCUACCAGGGCGAGACCCGAAACAACUUCAAGUCUGUCCUUGACUGGCUCAACCAGUGGGCUUGCGCCCGAUCCUACGGUCUCGGUUCCAAGCUCCCUUGGGACCCCGUGUGGCUCGUCGAGUCUCUGUCCGACUCUACUGUGUAUAUGUCCUACUACACCGUCGCCAACCUUCUUCACGAGGACUACUUUGGCAAGACCCCCGGUCCCCUUGGUAUCACCCCCGAGCAGAUGACUGACGAGGUCUGGGAACACAUCCUCGGCGACGGUCAACUCCCCGCCGAUAGUCCUCUCGAUGCCGAAAAGGCCGCCGAGCUCAAGUACAGCUUCAACUACUUUUACCCUCUCGACGUCCGAUCCUCCGGCAAGGACCUUAUUCCCAACCACUUGACUUUCUGGGUCUACUGCCACGCUGCGCUCUUCCCCGAGAAGCACUGGCCCAAGGCGGUUAGGGCCAACGGUCAUUUGAUGCUUAACGGAAAGAAGAUGUCCAAGUCUACCGGAAACUUCUUGACCAUGGCCGAGGCUACCAAGAAGUACGGUGCGGAUGCUAUGAGGUUGACUCUUGCCGAUGCUGGUGACGAUAUUUCGGACGCCAACUUUGAGGAGACCGUCGCCAACGCUGCCAUUCUCCGACUCCACACUUGCUCCACCUGGGCCGAGGAGAUGAGGUCGACCAAGGACCAGCUCAGGACUGGCGAGUUCAACGACUUUGAUCGUGGCUUCCAGGCCGAGAUGGACGCUCUAAUCACCGAGGCUUAUGGUGCUUUCGAACAGAUGGAGUUCAAGCACGCUCUCAAGUCUGGUCUUUACGACUUUGAGAACGCCCGUAACUGGUACCGAAUGGUCUCCGACCCUGCCAACGGCGGUAGUGGCAUGCACAAGGACCUCGUCUUCACCUGGCUCCGUAACCACGCUCUGCUCAUCACACCCUUCACCCCCCACUACUCCGAGUUCCUCUGGAAGAACGUCCUCGGCGAGCAAACCUCCGUCCAGACUGCUCUGUACCCCGAACCCUCUGGCCCCAUUAACCGAUCUGUUCUCGAGCAGACUGAUUACCUCCGAGGUGUUGUUGAUACCAUCCGAGGUGCCGAGGCGCAGGCUGCCAAGAGGAAGGGCAAGAAGGCUGCGGCGACAGCGGUUUACGACCCCACAAAGACAAAGGACGUGAGGAUCUUUGUUGCCAAAGAGUUCCCUCAAUGGCAAGACACCGCGGUGGAGAUCAUGAAGAACGAGGCCUGGGACGGCGAGAAGAUUGACGAUGCCAAGCUGAGGCAAGGUCUUGACAAGGCUGGUUUAAUGAAGGACAAGAAGGCCAUGCCUUUCUGCCAGGCUUUCAAGCGUAAAUUGAUCGCCACUGGUCCCUCCGCUUUCAACCGAACCCUUCCCUUCGACGAGCUCCACACCCUCAAGAUGCUUGCUCCCCUCAUCAAGUCUUCUCUCCGAUUCGAGAAUGUUGAUGUUGUCAGCGUCGAUGACGCGAGGGCUUUGAUCGAGAAGGAAGGCGAGAAGGAAGGAUGGACCAAGGAGAGGGUUGAGAGCAGUGAGCCCGGGGUACCCGGAGUACAGUUCUGGAAUGUCAGUGUGUAG